AAGAAUGUCAACACUAAACAUUAUAAUCUGUCAAACGUUAUCAAAUCAAUAACGUUUGAUAAAAAAACAUGUGGGGGAUCGAAAUAUCACAACAAACCUUAAUUUCAAUAAAUCCAUGAAGUUAUUGAGAGUUUUGAAAAAAAUGUCUGAGACCAUCAUGAAGAUGAAAGAGGAAACAUUAGAUAUAAAAUCGUUAAAAACUAUAAAAGAGGGGAAAGCUGAAAUUUGUCUGAAGACCGAUAAAGUAUUUUACAACCCUGUACAAGAGUUUAACAGAGACCUUAGUAUUGCUGUACUAAGUGUAUUUACUGAGGAUUUUAUAUCUGAGAAAAUACAACAGAAACUAAAGAAAACACAAAAUAUUAACACUGAUAUCAAUAAAGAUCAGAUACCAGUGACGAUAUUAGAAGCUCUAUCUGCUACUGGCUUACGGAGCAUCCGUUAUGCGAAAGAAGUGCCAAAUGUUAGUAAAAUUAUAGCCAACGAUCUAUCACAAGAAGCAGUUGAUACAAUAAAAGAGAAUAUAAUUCAUAAUGAUGUACAGAAUUUAAUUGAAACAAGCCAUGAUGAUGCAUGUAUGCUCAUGUAUAAACACAAGCAUCCAAUAGAACGCUUCACAGUUAUAGACCUAGAUCCAUAUGGAUGUCCAUCAAUCUUCCUAGACUCUGCAGUACAGAGCAUUCAAGAUGGCGGCCUAUUGCUUGUCACCGCGACUGACAUGGCGGUGUUGGCGGGAAACGCGCCGGAAACUUGCUACAGCAAAUACGGUUCUAUUAGCCUGAAGACAAAGUCUUGCCAUGAAAUGGCAUUAAGGAUAUUAUUGCAAUGCAUAGAAUCCCACGCUAAUAGAUACGGCCGUUACACAGUCCCUAUGCUUAGCAUAUCAGCCGACUUUUAUAUACGAGUUUUUGUUAAAGUUUAUACAGGAGCAAUUCAUUGCCAGAAAACUACUAGCAAGUUAUCUAUGGUAUACCAGUGUGUGGGUUGUGACAAUAUAACACUACAGCCACUGGGAGGGUUCAAACAGAACCCCACGGAGAGGAACCCUGGACAGAUGAAGGCAUAUUUACCAACAGGACCAGCUGUGGGAGAGCGCUGCACCAAUUGCAAUCAAAAACAUCAUCUAGGUGGUCCAAUAUGGUCCGCACCUAUCCAUGAUGAGGUCUUCGUGUCGAAGGUCCUGACGCACGUGCAGGACCACCCAGAACUCUUUGGCACCGCUAAGCGGCUGGACGGAGUGCUGUCUAUGGUCAGGGAAGAACUGAUAGAUACACCAUUGUAUUAUAUUUUGGAUAAAAUGUUCGGCAAAGUGCACUGCGAGACAAUGCCCAUGCUGGUUAUGAGGUCUGCUAUACUAAACGCGGGGUACAAAGUGUCGUACUCCCACGCGGCCAAGUUGUCUGUGAAGACUGCUGCGCCCGCGCAUGUCGUGUGGGAUAUUGUACGCACAUGGGAGAAAACACAUCCUAUUAAGCCUGCGAAGUUAGAAGCAGAUCCAGUAGCAAGACACAUAUUGAGUCACGAGACAAAGACGGCGAUAGAUCUGAGUGAGAGGGCGGACGCGAACCCUGUCAGUCGCCGAGAUGGACGGUUGAGAUUCCAGUUCAACCCUACUCCGUAUUGGGGACCUGGCUCCAGAGCUGCCAUCAACGUUGGUGAUGAAAAAAUGUCAAAAGCGAUAAGAAAUCAGAAUAAGCACAAGAAGAAAGGGAAGCGACAGCACUCGCCUAAAAGCGACGAAGAAGCGCGCAAGAUACAAGCAAAAACAGACGAUGAUAAUGUGUAAAUAAAUUAUUAAAAUCUU